AUGGAAGGACAUCAUUUCCGUGCUUAUCAAAACUGUAAUUUAUCAAACAAAACAGAGUGGAGAAUAUUGUGGUACAAUAUACCAUCAUAUUUAGUAAACGCCUUAAAUUAUACGAAAUUGAAAACGCGUGAAAAGCAUCCAUACUGGAUUUUUUCUCAUGAUAAACACGAUUUAUCUAAGAGUGAUAUUGUGAUUUUUACACAUAAUACAAUGGGUAAAGUUCAACCGUAUAAAUCAGAGUGUCAAAUUUGGAUUUUAAACACCAUGGAGACUGAUAUAUUCAUGAAAAAAUACUACAAGGAAUGGAAUAAUAAUUUGGAUUGGUUGAUGUCUUAUCGCAGAGAUUCAGAUAUAUAUCGACCGUAUGGGAUACUUAGGAAACGUAAGACCCUUUUGGUGAAGAAUUAUACGGAGGUAUUUCAGAAGAAGAAAUUUUUUGGUGUGUGGAUGUCAGGACAUUGUCCAGUGCCGUCUCGUCGUAAAGAUUACAUACUUAAUUUAAAGAAUUAUAUACAGGUCGAUAUGUUCGGAUCUUGUGGGAGGUCUGUUUGUCUUAGUCGAACUCCAGGACUAAAUGAAUGCUUGCGAAACUUUUCUCGUGAUUACAAAUUUUAUUUUGCCUUUGAAAAUAACAUCUGCAAAGACUACACGACAGAGAAAUUAUUUAAUGUAUUUUUGGGUGAUUUAGAUGUUAUACCUGUAAUUAAUGGACCGCAAAGUGUAGCGGAAUACAUACCUAAUGGAACAUUUAUAAACGCUCUAGAUUUCACUUCGCCGAAAGCUCUGGCGGAUAAACUGAAGGAAAUUGGCUCAAACAAAACUCUUUUUACUCAAUACCUUAGAGAAAAGGACAAAUAUAUAGAUAUUGGUUUGAAUGAUAUAUUUCUACAGUCAGUCUUCCAGAUAUUUGACAAAAUUAAUCAAACAAAUGGAACAAUUGUACGAUGCAAAGCAAGUAUAGAAGAGCAUUUCUUUCAGAGAGAAGGAUGCUAA